UGUCAAACACACAACAACAAAAUCAAUGUUUGUUGUUUUCUCCGCUCGCAGCGAAACGCACUCCGUUUUCCACCCAUUAUCGAGCAAAUCCAACAGUGCGGGAUGAAAGUAACGAAGGAAAAUCUUUCCGACAUUCGGGAAGAUUACGAAAAGGCCCAUCGCUACAUCGACGAGGAAAGCAAGAAUGACCCACCGACGGAACCGUUCCGUUCGCAUUACACCGCCCGCGACCUGCUGAACAGUGCGCUGCGAAAGCUGAAAACGCUCUCGGAAGCACUGGACCAGGACAGUGAAGUGGCCACAACCGUACGCUGCAUACACGCCAACAUUCUGAAAGACAUUGGCAAGAUAACGAUCUUUGUGGAGGAACCACGGGGCGAAGUACUGCUGAAGGAGGCGCUUGAGCUGAUCGAAAAGGACAACGGCAAGGAACCGGCCAUCAACGUGCACAUUGAAAUACUCAACCAGCUCGGCAUCAUGGCCUGCAAUCUGUCCAACUUUGCCGAAUCGAAACAGUACCUCGACCAGGCGAAGGACAUCUACUGCGAAACGAAGGAGCUGGACCGGCAACCGCUCACGAUGGCCGAUCUGUUCGGCACGAAGGAAGAGGUGGAGAAGGGCAAGGGGCUGAAGCUGCUCGAAUCGAACCACACGCUCACGCUGUACUAUCUGGCGCAGGUGUUUGGCUUUCUCGACAAUUUGGCCGACUCGGCCCGAUACUGCCACAUGACGCUGCGCCGCCAGCUCGAGUACAAUGAGUUUGAGCACGUGGAUUGGGCGCUGAACGCCGCCACCCUGUCCCAGUUUUACUUCCCCAAGAAUCAUCUCUCCCAGGCACGGCAUCUGCUUGCGGCCAGCACGUUUAUGCUGAAUCGCUACGAGACGGAGGUGGUCGAGAAGAUAACCAAUCCAGCGGAGCGGGCAGAGAAGGAAGAAACACUCCGCUACCGUAUGGCGGACGUGGGCCGCUGUUGGGCCAAGUAUGGGCUGCACAUUCUGUGCGCCUCGAAGGAGCGGCUGAGCGCGGACGAUGAACCGAACGAGCGCGGGGAGAUAGCUGCGCCGCUAACGCCGGUGAAAAAGAUGGACCGCUUCGUUGGGCUCGAUCUGGCCGCGUACGAGGGCCAGGUGACGGACGAGUUCUGUCUCACGUUUGACGACGCGAAGCUGGUGAUGCUGAACUCGCUGUCCUGGCUGAACAAAGCGAAGGAGUACUACACGAAGGAAACGGAAGCGUCACAGUACGCGAAGAUUCUGCAGGACAUUGCGUCGCUGUACAAGCAUUUGGCGUUCUUCGAGGAGGAUGAUGGCAAUCAGUGCAAGCUGUUCAAGCGCGGUGCGGACCAGCUGGAGGAGAUUGUGGAAAUUUUGAACGCAACCUACUACCAAACCAUUUGCAGAGAGGCUUGGUACGAGCUGGGACUGACCUACUCCAACAUGCUGAACGUGAAGCUCUCCCAGCUCGAUGAAAUGCAGGCAAAGGAUCGGCCAACACCGCACGCGCUCAACAAAAUCAACCAUCUGAGCGAGAAGAGCAUUCGGAACUUUAAAAAAUUCAUCGAAUCGUACAAAAUCGAGCUGGACACGCUGGAGCUGCCGGAAACGAUUGACGCGGACGAGAUGCAACCGAUACUGUACGCGUUCUUUCACAUCGGGCGCCUGUACUACCGCAUCAUCACGCCGGACAAGCGGCUGAAGCUGCAGAACACCGAAAACAGCCUGUUCUACUACAGCCGGUUCGUGGAGUGCUGCCAGGACGAGCGGAUGCGGCCACUGUUUGCGCAGGAGCUGGGCGUGUGCAAGGAGAUGAUCAGCCUGCUGCCGCUGAAGGUGGAAAAGCUUAAGAACGAAAUGGCGGAAGGCUAGAUAGAGAGAGAGAGAAGGAAAGACAUUCACAUUUUACUAACUAACUGAUUAAUCCUAGUCGCUAGUGCUUCAGGCCUGCAUAGGUUUGUGAUUGUGGGCUGCACGAGCUCUUUCGAAAAGAAGCCCUCAUACGUACUCAUUCAAUGAAUCAUUUUUUGUGGCUCCCCCAGUAAAGAGAUGGGGCACAGUGCGUGAUAUACGCUUAAAUUGUAGGCUUGUUUAGGAACAAGGGAUAGAACGAGAACCAUGCCCAUAUAGAAACCAGCUCGCAAUCCAAAUUGCUUUGACACUGGGAACCAUUUAAGCUGCAAUCACAUUCAGCAAGCUGUACCAAUGCGCUCCGUUCUGUUCGCGUAAAUAUACACAUUGACGCAAUGCAAACAUUUGCCCUCCUCUUUCAGAUCAGCUGCUGGAGCGCAUUUACUUCACCUAUAUUUAUAGAACACAAAAUUCAGUCCGAACAGUCGCUCCGGACUCCGGUAAAUCAUCCGUUUCCGCAGCGGCAGCGGCACGCGGUACGCAAGCGCGCCCACAUGGUAUUAAUUCCACUGUAACUGCACAGCAACCAGCUGAGAGAGAGAGAGAGCGAGAGAAUUUUGAGGGGGUUUUGUUUUCGAAUCCUGAAUAGAGACUAGCGCAACCGGGCCAAUGUUGAUGCCUUGCCGGAACCUUGACCUCUCUCACUUUCUUGCGCGGCGCCAAAAAGUGGUUGCCGCGAGCGCGCGAAACUCACCCUCGCGCCAACUCUCGGUGGUGGCGGUGGUGCUGGUGGCCCAGUUCUAAAAGGGCUUCGUUCUCUCGCUCGCUCUCUCGCGCGUUUUGAAGCGCUGUGUCUAUCUAACACAUCUUGGCACGGUUCUCAGCACGUUCGGGUGCGUAUAUGUUCUUGGCUCUCGCGCGGCUGUUGGACGCUUCAGUCGAACGAAACCACACAGCCACAAACAUCACUUCCAAACUGCGUUUGGUCAUCUCUCUCCCCUUUGUGCGAGACGCAUUUACAAGAUUGUGGAUUGUUCGUAAAGCCAAAAAAAGCGUGACUACAGUUAGUCGCAACGCUGGACGAAAACUAUCUCCUGUCCCCCCUUUUGCUAGCCAAUUAUCGAGUGUUGUCUAAAAGCGAGCAAACGGCUAGUGCGGCUUAGACGCUUGUGUUGUGCUGCUCUCGUGGUGUUGUUGUGUCGGUUACAUAAGUGAAGGGGAAGAUUAGCGCCAACAACAAAUAGACAACAACAUUGCCCUUUUUGCUUUCCCGUGCUGGAUCGUCAGUUCCCUCCGGACGCUGCUGAGUGUACAUCUACACAACGUUGUACGUUUACGCCUUGAUCGUCACCACAAACCAAUAGUGUCCUUGCGUGUGAACGGUACGGUUCGUUCGCGUGCCUGUCAAGUGCUAAAGCUUACAUAAGCACCGAGUGAAGAAGGAAAAUCCAGGAAGCUUCAGCCGUCAUGACAUCGCCAAAAAUUUCCGCAGACAAAACGACCGACAGCAAUGCGGCCACACCGAAGCACCAGCAGCAGGGACAGAGCAAUGAGUCCAGCGCGGACCCACCGGCCGAUGGAGCAGCGGGCGGUGGUGCGGCGGUACAGGCGGUCGUGGCCGCCACCGUGCAGUCCAUCCGGGAGAGAGGCUUCUACGGUUGCUUCAGCUGGCUGAAGGUGUUCCGCUUUGCUAACCUCAUGAUCAAGCAGGGCUGCUAAACGACUGGGGGACAUUCAACAGCACACCUUUUAUCGAUUGCCAACAUAAACUGCUUGGAAAAAUUUAACUGCGUACAUAUUUACAUUUAUAUAUCUAUAUUUUUUUAGAGCAACUUAGAAGUGUGUUACGGAAUCAGCAUUCCUGUUAGAAUUGCGUCCCGUAAAAUACCGGAUGUGCGUGUGUGUGAGAAAAACGGCGGAACAUUCACUCCAAUUCCCCGCCCUCCGUGUGACACGUGUUUCGUUUGCGCGGCGCAUUCGUGUGCGUGUGUGUUGGCGCGUACGGAACUAAUUUAAGUCAAUAUAGAUUUCUCGCUGUCGGAUGGCCCUGCGGAACCAAUUAAGGGAUGGUUUGCGCACACACAACGGGCACACGAAAUUUGAGAGCAGCACUGCGUUAUCGUGCAACAGGGCUGGGGUGGGAAAAAGGGAGCGUAAAAUAAAAGGGAAAACAACAUAUGAAGCAUACCGACGAAUGAAACGUGUGCAGGUCGCUGAUUACGCCAUAAAUAUCACCAUUAGUAAAGGGGGAAGGGGGGAGGGGGGGAGGAAAACACAGUUGGUUAACAACUUAAGAAAACAGGGCAGUGGAGACGGAAGAAAAGGUAACAAAAACACCCAAAAAAAAAACAAUACUGUGGUUAGUCCAAGGUGAGACAUAAAAGAAACCUAAAACAAAUAAGCUACUAAAUAAAUCAUUAAACUAUCCGUCGUCAUCAAUCGCUGAUAGAAGGCUACAAUGCAAGUCCGUUAAAACUUAAUCCGCCAGGAUAAUGGCUGCCACUAUCCUACUUCCUCGUAGCAAAGACAGAGAGCAGAAUAGAAAGACAGUGUGUAGAAUGUGAAAGUGUAAAAUCCACAAAUAAUACAACAAAA